CAGUCAUCUAGCUUUAUCAUCUCUGUGUCACCCGCACGGUUCAUCUUCCUCUGCUCUAUAAAAUAAACUCCCCCGUUAUUAAAAAACAAUAAAAUUUCUCUGCCCGAAGAAACGGAAAAGGAAGGAAAACGGCCAAGCGAAACUGAAGCUGAAGCUGAAGCUGAAGCUUUUUCUCUCUCUAGGGUUCACAAGAUCCGGUGUUAUUUUCUCUCUGUACAAAUCUUAGCUCCAUGGGCUUCCCUGUCGGAUACACGGAGGUUUUCCUGCCGAAGCUCUUCGUCCAGACGCUCGCCGUACUAGGGUUCAUCAGAACCAUCGUCUUCUCCCUCUUUCGCUUCCUGGGUCUAUCCGAUUUCCUCGAGAUGGAUCCGAGUUGGCCCGACUACUCGUACCCGACCCAGAUGCCUGACUCGUGUCACCCGCCCGUCGCCGCCCUCCUGAUCCGGGAGAUCCUGCCAGUGAUCAAGUUCGACGACUUGAACCCCGGCUCGUGCGGCGGAGAUGUGCCGGAGAGCUGCGCCGUUUGCCUGUACGAAUUCGAGAGCGAGGAAGAGAUCCGGUGGCUGAGCAAUUGCAGGCAUAUAUUUCACCGGACGUGUCUUGACCGUUGGUUGGAUCACGAUCAGAAGACGUGUCCUCUCUGUAGAACACCGUUCGUCCCCGAUGAGAUGCAGGACGAGUUCAAUCAACGGCUCUGGGCUGCCUCCGGCGUCCCUGACUUGUACAAUGAGUAUAGUUCGGUGCCGGAAUUGUAGACAUGCCCCUCUAUCUUUCUCUUCUUUUAACUUUUCACCCCCUGUACUCGUAAUUUUUCCUCUUUUAGCCCUACUGAUUUUUAAUCCCCCCCCGGUGUAAAUACAUUUGAGAAAUAAUAAGUGAAAACAAAAGUAUUAUA